GUCCUGGGCGUCGCAUAGUGGGGACCGACGGGCUGUGCGCGACCCGGGCUGGUUCCGGGUGGUGGCGGGCGGGGCGGGCUUGCCAGCUUAUUGAGGAAGUGACCAGGACACUACCUUCUGGAAGUAAUGCCCACAGAAAGCGCAAGUUGUUCGACCUCUCGCCAAGCAAAACAAAAGCGCAAGUCACACAGCCUUUCCAUCCGGAGAACCAACAGCUCGGAGCAGGAGCGGACAGGGCUGCCAAGGGACAUGCUGGAAGGACAGGAUUCGAAACUCCCUUCCUCGGUUCGCAGUACCCUUCUGGAACUGUUUGGACAAAUAGAAAGAGAGUUUGAAAACCUUUAUAUUGAAAACUUAGAAUUGCGUAGAGAAAUUGAUACUCUUAACGAACGAUUAGCUGCUGAAGGACAGGCUAUUGAUGGAGCAGAACUGAGUAAGGGCCAACUCAAGACGAAAGCCAGCCACAGCACCAGUCAGCUUUCCCAGAAGCUGAAGACCACAUACAAGGCUUCCACCAGCAAGAUUGUAUCCAGCUUUAAGACCACCACCUCCAGGGCUGUCUGCCAACUGGUGAAGGAGUACAUCGGCCACAGGGAUGGCAUCUGGGAUGUCAGUGUCGCCAGGACACAGCCCGUGGUGCUGGGCACUGCAUCAGCUGACCAUACGGCCUUACUGUGGAGCAUCGAGACGGGGAGGUGCCUUGUGAAGUAUGCAGGCCACGCGGGCUCAGUAAAUUCUAUAAAGUUUCAUCCCUCAGAGCAGUUGGCUCUCACUGCUUCUGGAGAUCAGACCACUCAUGUCUGGAGAUAUGUGGUGCAGCUGCCGACUCCCCAGCCUGUGGCCGACACUAGCCAGCAAAUCUCUGGAGAAGAUGAAGUAGAAUGUUCUGAUAAAGAUGAGCCUGACCUUGAUGGAGACAUGGCCAGUGAUUGCCCCACCGUCCGGGUCCCACUGACGUCUCUCAAGAGCCAUCAGGGCGUGGUCAUCGCCGCGGACUGGCUGGUGGGGGGCAAGCAGGCCGUCACAGCCUCCUGGGACAGGACGGCAAACCUGUAUGACGUGGAGACGUCGGAGCUGGUGCACUCUCUGACAGGGCAUGACCAGGAGCUGACGCACUGCUGCACACACCCUACUCAGCGGCUGGUGGUGACCUCCUCUCGAGACACGACUUUCCGCCUCUGGGAUUUCAGGGACCCUUCCAUCCACUCCGUGAACGUUUUCCAGGGACACACAGACACUGUGACCUCGGCUGUGUUCACCGUAGGAGACAAUGUGGUGUCCGGCAGUGAUGACCGCACAGUGAAAGUCUGGGACCUAAAGAACAUGAGGUCCCCCAUUGCUACCAUCCGCACAGACUCCGCCAUCAACAGAAUCAAUGUAUGUGUUGGCCAAAAAAUCAUAGCCCUCCCGCACGACAAUCGGCAAGUGAGAUUGUUUGACAUGUCGGGGGUACGGCUAGCCCGGCUUCCCCGAAGCAGCCGGCAGGGCCACCGGAGGAUGGUGUGCUGCUCUGCAUGGAGCGAGGACCACCCCGUGUGCAACCUGUUCACCUGUGGAUUUGACCGGCAGGCCAUUGGCUGGAACAUCAACAUCCCUGCACUGUUACAAGAAAAAUAGGGUCACUGGUUUUGUCUUUUGCUGUGGACCUCUGCCUGGUGCAGGCUUCUGUGCGAGUCUGACCCUGAGAAGGGUGCUUUGUCGUGUCAUUUCUACACCGUGCCCAGCUUGCAUGAAAUGUACAGGAACGUGUGUCAUAUGUUUAUUUCUGUCUGUGUGUGUGUCACAUCACUGGCAUCCUUAGGCCAGUGCAAGUGAAGCCCACCUUCCAUAUGGCACGUGCAGUACUCAUGAGCUGUUGGUGUCCGGCAGGUGAGCAGCAGGGCAUUAUGUGUGGGAUUAAAUGUGAAUCUGCGUACUUUUCUUGUGGCACACGCAGUCCUGCGUUUCUGGAAUAAUUACACACGUCUACCUUGUACGGGGGUGCAGGGCUGCUGGUGACAGAGAUGAGCCCCAGUGUCCUGUUUACCCCUCAAGUUCUAGCACGUGCUGUCGUGUGAUUCAUCUUCAACUCAAGUUUCUAUUAUAGUUCUGUAAAAAUGAUCUGGAUUUUAGAAGUUAAAAAAACAGCGCAGAAUGUUGAGUCCGCAACAUUUGAGGUUUGUUUUGAAAAGCAAUGUUUUUCUGCUUUUUUUUUUUUUUUAAAUAGAAAAUCAUUUCAAUUUCCUGAGGUCUCAUAUUAGAAAAUUUAAAAAUUGGAUUCUAAUCACUGAUUUCAGAUAGUAAGCAAAAUUUAAAGCACUUUAGUUUAUAGCUCUGGUUAUAAACAGGUUUUAGAAGUUUCAAGUGACUCACCCAUUUGAAUGUGACGAGACGGAGACGAGAGGCCACUAUGGGAGGUUUCGAGUCUCAGGCUCACGGUUUUGCUGGUGUUCCAGAGCCGACUACACCACCUCAGUGGACACCUGGGCAGCUGUAGGUCCUGGGGCCUUGAGAGAGCACCUUGAUUUGUGGCUGGAAUACAGAAGUCAACCCAGAAGGCAGGAAAGAUGCCAGGUAUGUCCCACGUUAGGCUUGUGCGGUGACACUGGAGCCGGUGGCAGGUAACACGGGGUACUGCCCGGUGCUGACCUGCCACUGUGGGAGUGAGCUGCCCUCUGCCUUUGUAGAGAUCACUGUUCUUCUGAUGUUUGUGAGUUCCUCUCUUAAGUUACAGUUUUGUUAAGGAGUCAUCUCAGUUCUUGCCCCUUUAAGCAUGUCUGUUUGGAGACUGGUCUCUGGAGGUGAUUGUCUCUCACCAUUGUGUUUUAUCUGCUUUGUGGUGAUGUGGGAGUGUGACCAGUGGGUAAGUGGCAGAAGCCAUUUGCAGAGGUAUAGCAGGACAGGGUGCUCUGCUGUCCUCUGGAGGGUUUAGGCAGCAGUCUGGGGAGUGCCUGGCCUCACGCCCAUGGGGGCUGCUCUCAGACUGCAGAGCUGAGGCAUUGGGAGAUUCUGGAAUGACCGGCCCAGCCCAGCAGGGAGGGGCUGAGGAUGACUGAUGUCAACACAGUGCAGGUUAGAGUGUGCUAACUAAGGGACAGGCCAUGUGCAUUUUAGAGUCAUUUCUAAAGCUAAAAAUUUGUUGUAUUUUUAACAUCUGGUCCUCUCCCCUGACUCGAUGGUUUUGGGGAACUGAAGUCAGACUGGUUACUCUGGCUGCCCUGCAUGCAUCCCCUGGGGAGCCCUGUGCCACUGCCCAGGGGUUACUGUGCCUGGGGCGUUCUGCAUAGUGAGAGGCUGAUACCCCACCGAACACGUGGGGGCCAGACACAGGUGACUUCUGGGAGCUGAGGUGCAUAGCCGCCUGCUCUGGUGCCUGAAAGUCGAUGUCUCAGGAUGUGGUUAGGAACAUUAGAAAAUGCAUGUAGUUAUCUAAAUCAGACCUCAGAACCAGAUCUCUGUCUGAUUAAAGAAUUCUGAAGCUUUAAAAAUAAAUAUUUAUGAUGGCAGACUAGAUGGUAACGGCUCAGCUUCUCCUAGGGGCUAGAGGGACCAGACCCAGACUCCAGAGCCAAGGCUAUGCACACUCCCUCAGGGCCCAAACCCUGCUGGUGCUCAGGGACCCCCUUGCUGCUGACUGUGUGUUACCCCUAGUGUGGUUGCCUCCUACUCCUUCGGGGAGAUGGGCCCAGUGUGUGAGUGUGUGUAUGCUGGUACAGGCAUUUGCCUGAGUGUGUGUGAGUGCGUGAGUGUGUAGGCAUGUGUGUGAGUAGGUGUAUGAGUGCAAGUGUGUGUGAGUGCAGGUAUACGAGCAUGUGUGUGAGUGCAGGCCUGUGCACGUAUGCAUGUGCAUGCGAGUGCAGGUGUGUGUGUACAAGUGCAGGUGAGUGAGCAUGUUAGUGUGUGAGUGCAGGUAUAUGAGCAUGUGUGUGCGAGUGCAGGCGAGUGUGAGCAUGUGCAAGGGCAGGUGUGUGUGUGUUCAGGUGUGAGCAUGUAUGAGUGCAGGCGUGUGCAUGCAAGUGCAGGCAUAUAUGUGCAAGUGAGUGUGAGCAUGUGUGUGAGUGCAGGCUUGUGUGCACAUGUGUGCCUGCAAAUAUAAGUGAGUGUGUGAGUGCAGGCAUGUGUGUGUGCAUGUGUGUGUGAGUGCAGGUGUGUAUGCGAGUACAGGUGAAUGUGCAAGUGUAGGCGUGUGUGAUUGCGAGUACAGGUGUGCAUGCGAGUACAGGUGAGUGAGUAUAGGCAUGUGCGAGUACAAGUGGGUGUGCAAGUGCAGGGGUGUGUGCAAGUACAGGUGAGUGUAUGAGUAUAGGUGUGUGCAAGUGCAGGUGUGCGUGCAAGUGCAGGUGUGUGUGUGCGAGUACAGGUGAGUGUGACUGUGUGUAUGUGAGUGCAGGUGUAUGCGUGCUGCUGACCUCUCGAGUUGUCAGUUUUGUUCCAUGUGCUGAUGUGUCCAGAAUUUCAUUUAAUAACGGAAGGAACAUAUGUGCUUACUGGAAAAUGUGCAUUGGUACAGAACUUCGUGAGGGAGGUGUUGGGCACAGCAACACUUCUCAGCCACCUUUUCUUAUCAGUGUUGGUAGAGUCAAAAAUUCUGUACAUAUUUUGGAAUCUGAAGAAUCCUCAUGUACAUCAUUUGUUACUUAAAUCUGUGAAAAACAUGUUUCUUUGGAGAAAAAAGUACACAUUUAUACAUGUUGUUUGGAAUCGGUUGUUGUAUUGAUGUUAUUAAGUGUUCAUCGUCUUUAUUGCAAUAUGAAAU